UACCAAGCCUGCAUCUGUCCAAUGAAAACACGCGACCACAUGAACCAGCCAAUGGGAGCAGAGCAUUAUGGUGCUUUUUCUGCUUUCCCUGAACUUCUUGACAGAUUCGACUUCAGAUUGAGAGCAUUCAAGAUGGCUGCUACAGAUUGGAAGUAAAGACAAAUCUCCAGAGCCCCCCUGUGCAUGCAGCUCUCUUAAGGUUGCAGCAUCUAGUUCUGUGUCCCCUACCCCACCCCCACUCCUCUUGUUUUUCACCAUGUCCUCCACCUCCUCCUCGUACUCCUCAUCAGGGGAGACUAGUCCGGAGGAUGUACCCCGCGGUGGUGGCACCAUCCGAGUGUUCCUCCCUAACAAACAGAGGACAGUGGUGAACGUCCGGCAAGGACAGACUGUGUACGAGAGUCUUAAUAAAGCACUCAAAGUGAGAGGCCUGAGCCAAGACUGCUGUGCUGUAUUUCGCCUGCUGGAAGGUCGCAAGAGACUGACAGACUGGGACACAGACAUCACUCCUCUGGUUGGAGAGGAGCUUUUAGUCGAAGUCCUGGAUGACAUUCCUCUCACCAUGCACAACUUUGUACGGAAAACUUUUUUCAAACUGGCUUACUGUGAUUUUUGCCACAAGUUUCUUUUUAAUGGCUUCAGAUGUCAGACAUGUGGCUACAAAUUUCACCAGCACUGCAGCAGCAAGGUGCCCACUGUGUGUGUUGACAUGGAUACAGUGAGCAAACGGUGUGAUACCAAUUCCUGCACGGAUGAUUAUCCUCAGAUACUUUUGCCUGAAAAUUCCCCAUCACAGAGCAACCUUGUCCUGACCCCAGAGCCUGCUGGAACAGGCCUCCUGUCCCCGACCUUUAACUUUCCAACAACAGGUGGAGACGGUCAGUCUCUACAGAGACAUCGUUCCACCUCCACCCCCAAUGUUCAUAUGGUCAGCACAGUGGACCCCGCUAAUGUCGCCAUCAUAGAGGAAGCACUGAAAUACAACACAAUAGGUCCUGAGCCCUCACCGAAACCUUCCACCAGUCCACCCUCCUCUCUUGGCUCUCCUGGAAGAAGGCCACAGAAGUCCCCACUAGAGCAUAAGGAACGCAAACCCUCUUCAUCUGACGACAAGAAGAAAGUGCACCGAGGAGGCUACAGAGACUCUAGUUACUACUGGGAGGUCCCUUAUCGAGAAGUCACCUUACAGAAGAGAAUAGGUACUGGCUCCUUCGGCACGGUCUUCAAGGGCAAGUGGCAUGGAGAUGUGGCCAUCAAGAUCCUCAAGGUUAAAGAGCCAACGCCUGAGCAGCUACAGGCUUUCAAAAAUGAAAUGCAGGUCCUACGGAAAACCCGCCACGUCAACAUCCUGCUGUUCAUGGGCUUCAUGACUAAGCCCAACUUUGCCAUCAUCACCCAGUGGUGUGAAGGUAGCAGCCUGUACCGCCAUCUCCAUGUCUCAGAAACCAAGUUUGACACUAUGCGUCGCAUUGAUGUGGCCAGACAGACAGCGCAGGGCAUGGAUUACCUCCAUGCAAAGAACAUAAUUCAUCGAGACCUGAAAUCAAACAAUAUUUUUCUCCAUGAGGGCUGGACUGUUAAGAUUGGUGACUUCGGCUUGGCAACUGUGAAGUAUCGAUGGAGUGGUUCUCAACAAGUAGAGCAGCCCAGUGGCUCUAUUCUCUGGAUGGCACCCGAGGUUAUCCGAAUGCAGGACAGUAACCCCUACACGUUCCAGUCUGAUGUGUAUGGUUAUGGAGUGGUGCUGUUUGAGCUGAUGUCAGGAACCCUUCCUUAUUCCAAUAUUAACAACAGAGACCAGAUACUCUUUAUGGUGGGACGUGGUUACUUGUCUCCAGACCUCAGUAAACUGUACAGUACCUCACCCAAGUCCAUGAAGAGGCUCAUCAUUGACUGCCUGAAGUUCAUACGGGAUGAGAGGCCCCUUUUUCCACAGAUCCUGGUAGCCAUUGAGCAGGUGCAAGAACUGCUGCCAAAAAUUGAGCGAAGCCGCUCAGAGCCAUCUCUUCACCGGGCCGUUCAGGCCGAGGACUUGAACCCUCUCCUGUUCCAAACCACCAAACUGAUGCCCCUUUAAGCCUCCUGCAUGCCUGGCUGAAAGCUGUCUCCAUGUCCAGAAGUGCAGCAUCCCUCGUGCCUGAGAGGCCACAGCUGGCAGUAAUAACAGAUCACAUCCAUCCCGAACCCACCCCACACACUCUCCACCCUGCAAAGCCAUGGACAUGCAAAACUGUAACAAACGCUAGAAGUAACACCAGCACUCUGCUUACUAUGUUAGGGAGCCUUCUUGUUAUACAUGGACAGAGGCCUGCCUGUCAGGGGACACAUUGCUGAAGUAAUUGUCCACUGGUCGUCAACCAGGCUGAAAUGUUGCCACUCUGAUUAUCCCACCGUUAUCACUGGUAAAAUCCGAUCAGUGGAACUUCGGUCGAAACCAGAAGGCAGUCUAACCAACACAAACACAGAGCUGCUGACUCAGGCUUUGUAAUACUUUCACACGUUCUGACCAUCCACCCAGCUCAGUGAGGGAGUGGUAGGUCUGAUAUAUGAAGCUCUUGAUAUGAAAGCAGAACAUUUUCUUAGAGGACAACAACCUUUGUUUUUAUAGGAACAUUCUAUAUUUACUAUUUUUACACAUAUUUCAGCACAAUCACCAAAACAAACCAGUAUCAGGGCAGGGGAGGAGGAGCCUUGAGCAAGUUUCAGAUGAUCGUGAAAAGAACAUUCAGGUUUUUUAAGACAGUUUGUCUUUUAGAGGUCGUUAACUCACCAGGGUUUGGCCAGACUGGCUGAAGAUCUAAACCCCAACAACCUCGUUCCACCCGACGGUGGAAGAAAUCCUCUAUGUAGUCUUAAGCCAGACAUAAUCAAGUUUAAAUAGUAUCAGUUAACUAGCAGUGAAGACUCAUUAACUUAAAUAUUAUUGACCCCUCUUUUGUUCCUUUAAGUUCAUCAAAACCUGGAUCUCAGUUAUAGGUGCUGUGUUUGGGCAGUCAUCUCCAAAAUACAAACUCUAUCAGUAAAACAUGGCUGAGGUCAUCACAGGGCACCAGACUCUCAGCAGAGUAUGAGUCUGAUAAUCAGAGCUCACUAAGGCAUGGUGUUAGGAGGUCCAUAGAAUGGAUGAAUUAUUUUCUUUCAGUUUUCAGAAGCUCUCUGUGGGUUUUAAGCUCCCCAGAGACUUUUUGGUUCCUUUUCACUCUUUGUUUUUAUCCAAAUCCUUUCCAGCACAUGACUGACAGCUCGUAGCCUGCUUUCCUUAGGGGAACCGUCAGUCGUGGUGCUGUUGAAGCAAGUCUUGUCCUCAGUGUUUUUUGCGCCUUGGGAACAUGACUCUGGUGCUUCAAACUCAACAACAGCUUCAGAACCACCAUCAGGUUUUUGACUGGUAGUGGAGCCUUGUUCAAGAAUGCUAUUUAGGGCUGUGAUACCAUGUUGGGAUAGUCUGCCACUGCAGGAUUCACAAGAUGGUUCAAGCAAGCUAAGGUCCUGCAGGCUCGGUAUGUGAAGUAGUGGCUGUUGCUUUGCAGAGAACAGGUAGAUUCUGUACAACUGUUAAUACUUUAUUUUGUUUUGGUAACCAGUUUGAGGAAACCUGUAUCGUACUGGAGCGGUCAAGUGGUAGUAAAUGUUUCUAUGAUGUA